CGUCGCGUCUCCGCAGGCCAGGGGUCGCCUCCCGCGGUCGCCAUGACGGCGGCCGUGUUCUUCGGCUGCGCCUUCGUUGCCUUCGGGCCUGCGCUCGCCCUCUACAUCUUCACCAUCGCUGCAGAGCCGUUGCGCAUCAUCUUCCUCAUUGUCGGAGCUUUCUUCUGGUUGCUUUCUCUACUACUUUCCUCCCUUGUCUGGUUCAUGGCAGGAAGCAUUACUGACAGCAAAGAUGGACCAGUACAGAAACAUCUACUGAUAUUUGGCGUGUUAGUCUCAGUCCUUAUCCAAGAAAUGUUUCGGUUUGCAUAUUAUAGACUUUUAAAAAAAGCCAAUGAGGGUUUGAAGGUUAUAAACCCAGAUGAGACAGCACCCUCUAUGCGAUUGUUGGCCUAUGUUUCUGGCUUGGGCUUUGGAAUCAUGAGUGGAGUAUUUUCCUUUGUAAAUACCCUGUCUAACUCGUUGGGGCCGGGCACAGUGGGCAUUCAUGGAGACUCUCCCCAGUUCUUCCUAAAUUCAGCUUUCAUGACUCUAGUUAUCAUGUUGCUGCACAUGUUCUGGGGCAUUGUGUUUUUUGAUGGCUGUGAGAAGAAAAAGUGGUAUGUUCUUCUUGUAGUUCUUCUGACCCAUCUGCUGGUGUCGGCCUUGACUUUCAUUAGUUCUCAUUAUGGAAUAAAUCUGGUGUCAACAUAUAUGAUCAUGGUGUUCAUGGGUAUCUGGGCAUUCUUUGUUGCCGGAGGCAGCUACCGAAACCUCAAACUAUGCCUGCUCUGUCAAGACGAGGACUUCCUCCUCUUUAACCAGCGUUCCAGAUAACCCCUGAGAGCCAGCACCUCUCAAACAGUAAGCUGCAUCUUUAGAGGAAGCACAUCUGUACCUUUUUCUAAAAAAAAAAAAAAAAAAAAAAAAAAAAGUUUUUUUCUGGUGGAAUUUAGAAAAAAAACAAAACUACAACAUGGCUUUCAUGGUUGCUCUCUAAAAGGGAUACAUCAAUAGUUUGCCUCCUGGCCGAGCAUGAGAAUCACCUGGGGAAGCAUAAAGAAUACUGAUUUCUGGCUUCCACCUUCCAGAUUUCAUUGGUCUGGGCAUUUGGUAUUUUUUUUUAAAAGCUUCCUAGAUGACUCAAGUGUGCAGCCAGGUCCAGAAUCACCAGUGUCCAAAUAGGAAAUUCGUGAGACCACUAUAAGUGAAUCAGAAUCUGAUGUUUAGCUGUCUCCUAACUCACCUUGUGCUGAGCAAGUAAAUAUCUGAAUGUCAAA